AUGGUUAGGAAGGAGGAGGAGGAAGGAGAGGGGAGGGGAGGAAGAGAAGAGGAAGAUGGAGGAGGAGGAAAGAGGAGGGAGGAGGGGAGGCUGGUAGUUCUCAAACAACCAGCUGUUUUCACUGGGAUUGGAAUUCCACACGGCAUUGCUUCUCAAGUCCAUCAGGCCUUGCUGAACAUAUUGCAUUUGCUCCUCAGCAGUCAGCGCUUCCACCUGCAAAAUGAGUUUUCGGCUUCAAUUUUGUUGGCAUGGUGUCAGGUGCAACACCAUGGAUCAAAGAGUGACUGCCUUGAACCUGUCAUCACUGGAAAUCAGGGGAGUUUUGUCCAUUUCCAUAGUGCAUCAGAUAACGUUCUUGAAGGGAGGAUUCCUGAAGAACUUGGAAAGUUAUCCAAUUUGGAGUUUCUUAAAUUGUCUUCCAACAAAUUAUCUGGUGAAGUACCCUUGCAGCUUUUCAAAAUCUCAUCAAUUCGGUAUCUUAAUCUUGCCUCCAACCAUUUAAAUGGUUCUUUCCCCUCAGAUUUCGGCCUGAACCAUUCAAAACUUCAUACUUUCGUUGUUGCAGAAAACCAGUUUUUUGGACCUCUGCCUGUAUCCAUUACCAAUGCUUCAGGACUUGUAAUCUUGGACAUUGGUACAAAUGCUUUAUCUGGACCGGUACCCAUGAAUAUGGGAGACCUUAAACAUUUGCAAAGGUUAGAUAUUUCAAAGAAUCCUCUUGGAACUUCCGAUGGUACUGGCUUAAACUUUCUGACUUCCUUGACUAAUUGCACUAUUCUGAGAAUUCUGCAUUUGUAUGCCAACAAUCAUGGAGGCACUUUGCCCAAUUCUGUUGCAAACCUGUCCACCAAACUCACAUCCCUAAGGCUUGACAGAAACUAUAUAUCUGGGGAAAUCCCUAAUAACCUAGAGAACCUUGUCAACUUAGGGAAUCUGGCAAUGAGUCAGAACAUGCUGACAGGGCGCAUCCCUAAAUCUAUUGGGAAACUAACCAAGCUAGAAGGCCUCUAUCUUUCAGGAAACAGAUUCAUCGGUAAGAUCCCUGGUUCCGUUGGAAAUAUUACUAAGCUAAGUAUCCUUGAAAUGCGAGGGAAUGUUUUAGAUGGAAGCAUACCUUUUUCUUUGGGUAAUUGUACAAGAUUACAAGGAUUGGAUCUUUCACAUAAUAGGCUUACUGGCGCCAUUCCUGAAGAUCUUUUUGGCCUUUCUUCACUCACUUACAAUCUCAACCUAUCACACAACCUUCUCAGCGGACCUUUACCAUCAGAGGUGGGUAACUUGACAAAUCUUGGGAGCUUGGAUGUUUCAAACAAUAGAUUGUCUGGAGAACUUCCAGUUACCAUUGCCGAAUGUGUAUUUCUGGAGUUUCUUAGUCUUCAGGGUAACGGUUUUAGUGGUCAGAUUCCUGGAUCAUUGCCCAACUUGAUGAGCAUUAAACUCCUAGACCUUUCUAGAAAUAACAUUUCUGGUUUCAUUCCUCAGAGCCUGGAAACUCUUCGCUAUAUACAGUAUCUGAACCUUUCAUUCAAUUCUCUGGAAGGCGAAGUCCCCAGUGAAGGCCUCUUUUUUAACUCUACAGCUUUUUCAGUAACUGGAAAUGGAAAGCUUUGUGGAGGUGUGAAGUCUUUACAGUUGCCUAAAUGUCAGUGGCUAUUACCAUCAGCGGAAGGGAAGAAAAAGGUUUUGCGAAAACCAUUGUUUGUAGUUCUGAUCCUUGAUUUCGUUAUUUUCCCUAUUGUUUUGCUGCUAGCUUACGUUCAGCAAAAAUGCCAGAAAAAGGUAAUUUUUGGUUAUUUUCUGCACGUUCCUUGUAUCCGUUGGUGGCACAAAAGAAAUACAAGAAUUUCCAGCAUAGAGCUAACAUCAGAUUCUCCUCUGGGAGAUCAAUUUCCUAAGAUUUCUUAUACAGAACUUUUUCAAGCUACAAAUGGCUUUUCUGAAGGCAAUUUGAUUGCUAGGGGAAGAUAUAGUUCAGUCUACAAGGGCAGUCUUAAUUACAAUGACAAAACAGUUGCUGUGAAGGUAAUCAACCUUCAAAACCAAGGAUCCAGGAGGAGUUUUACUGCGGAAUGUGAAUCACUGCGAAAUGUUCGUCACAGGAACCUUGUCAAGAUCAUUACAGCUUGCUCAAGCAGGGACAAUGAAGGCAAUGAAUUCAAAGCCUUGGUAUAUGAGUUCAUGGCUGGUGGGAGUUUGGAGAGCUGGUUGCAUCCAAGUUCAAGUAACUUAAUGCAGCCAAAGAACUUGAACCUGAUUCAGAGGCUUAAUAUUGCCAUAGAUGUUGCCUCGGCAUUAGUGUAUCUUCAUCACUUCUGUGCCAUUCCAGUCAUUCAUCGUGAUAUAAAGCCAAGUAACAUUCUUCUUGACAGUGAACUCUGCGCACAUUUAGGUGACUUUGGCUCUGCGAGGUCUCUUUUGCUUGCGAUUGAUAGAUCAAGAUACGAAGGAAUCCGUGCAAGAACAAUUGAACUUGUAGGAACUGUUGGAUAUGUUGCUUUAGAAUGUGGCAUGGGGGCACCAGCAUCAACACUUGUUGAUGUCUAUAGCUAUGGUGUUCUUUUGCUGGAGAUGUUUACUGGAAAAAGGCCCACAAACAGCAUGUUCGAAGAUGACUUUUCCCUUCGUAACUAUGUGAAGAUGGCACUCCCAGAUCAAGCUAUGAGGAUUGUUGAUCCUAGACUAUCAUCAGAAUGCGAAACUGAGUCAGGCAUGAUGGCCACUGACACUCAGACCAGAUCAUGCGGCAGACAUAGGUUUGAAAAGUGCCUGGCUUCAAUUUUCCAUAUUGGGGUUACAUGCUCAGCUCAUUUGCCAGAGAGAAGGAUGCACAUAGCAGAUGUUUUGAUGGAACUGCAGGCUGCUAGAGACUUGUAUUUGAGGUGUGGAUAA